AUGGUGAUCGAGGAGGUGAGCGUCCUGCAGACUCAGCUGGACAUUGAGAAGUCGUGUCGGGAGAAUGCAGAGGCCCUGGCCACCAAGCUGAACUGUGAGAACAGGAAGCUGAAGUACCUGAGCCUGUCGUCGCGGGCCAGUCUGGACGAGCUGCUCCCCAGCAUCUCCGACUGCGCCGCGCUGGAGGCAGACGGCGCCGUGGACGAUGCCACCGUAGACGGCGCCGCGGACCCCAGCCCCGACGCCCUCACGCAAAGAACCAGCGCUUUUGGAAAGCUGCGGGCGGCGGUGGGCGGGCUGCUGGAGGAGAAGAAGAGCCUGGCGUGCCAGCUGCUGGAGCGCCAGCGCCACCUGGAGGAGCUGAGCGCGCAGGCCCAGGCCGACCGGGCCCAGCUGGAGCAGCUGCGCCAGACAGUGGAGCAGCAGAGCAAAACCCUCAAACGCUUCAACCGGGUCUCCAUGAUGGCCACGCAGGAGUUCGAGGGCAUGAAGGAGCAGCUGGACCUGGAGCAGAGCCUCCGGGUCAAAGCCGAGUCCUACGCCCACGAGAUGCUGGUGAAGCAGAAGGAGGCCAACCGGCAGAGCAUGCUGCUCCUGCAGAGCGCUGAGCCCAGCGUGCAGCUGCUCAAAGCCCUGGAGGACCUGGCCGCCGCCAGCAAGACCCUGGAGGAGGAGCGCCUGCAGCACCAGCAGGAGGUGCAGCCUCACUGUUACUAUGAGGAGGAGGUGCAGCCUCACUUUUACUAUGAGGAGGAGGUGCAGCCACCUUUUACUCUGAGGAGGAGGUGCAGCCUCACUUUUACUAUGAGGAGGAGGUGCAGCCUCACUACUGGCAGACUUUUAAAUGGACUCCCCAUGCUCCGCUCCCCAGACGAGGGCGGGAUGAGCCAGGUCUCGUCCUCGGACAGCCUGAGCGGCCGGCCGGUCAGCAGCGACUCUGGCCGCGAGCCGGACGGCCCCCCGGGGCUGAGCGCGCCCCCCCCGCCGGCGGGGCCCCGCCUCAGCCCCGACAGGAGGGGCUCCGGCCCGGGGCCCGCCGUGGCCCGCAGGAAGAGCUCCGACGCCGGCCGGGAGAGGAGGUCCAGCAGCUCACUGUCCGGCAAGCACACGCCCCCGUCACCGGUCAACGGCUGCGUCCUCAGGCGAGUCCACUUCCUCUGCGUGGGGGAGGAGGAGCGGGCCAGUUCCAACGGAGUGGACCCGGCCGAGCCCCGGGAGGCCGGCCCCAGCCCCGAGCCGCUCAACGGACGGCUGGACGCCGCCUGCUGA